CUGAACACCUGGAACCGUACGGGAAGAACAAGAAUCGAACGUGAGGUAUUCAAUUGGUGUACACCAGCUCGUGAAAAAGAUAUGCGAUAUAUUGGAUAUUGAAGUUGACCUCCUUUUGACAUCCAACCUUGACGGCUUUUUAAUAUUCUGAAAAAUGAGUCUUUGGGUUGACAAGUAUACUCCUACUUCUUUAGGAAAGUUAGAUUACCACAAAAAGCAAGCUAAUAGUUUGAAAAAAUUAGUUGACAGCAACAAUUUUCCCCACUUGCUCGUUUAUGGACCAUCUGGUGCAGGGAAACGAACAAGAAUUAUGUGUAUUCUUCGUGAGCUGUAUGGAUCAGGAGUUGAUAGACUUAGAAUGGAGCACCAUACCUUCACAAAUCCAUCUAACAAGAAAAUCAACCUGUCCACUGUCUCGAGUAACUUUCAUUUGGAAGUAAAUCCUAGUGAUGUUGGAAUUUAUGAUCGUAUUGUCAUUCAAGAGUUAAUUAAAAGCAUGGCAUCAACAGCUCAGCUUGAUAGUGGGCAGCAAAAAGAUUUCAAAGUAGUAGUUCUGCACGAAGCAGACCAUUUAACACGUGAAGCACAGCAUGCUUUACGUAGAACUAUGGAGAAGUACAUAGCCACUUGCCGUCUAAUAUUGUCGGCAGAAUCUACCAGUAAGAUCAUUUCUGCUACUCGUUCAAGAUGUCUACCAAUAAGAGUUUCUGCCCCAUCUGUUGAUGAAAUUGUUGAAAUCUUGAAGAAUACUGCUCGCCGAGAAGGUCAUUCAAUGCCUGCCGAACUAGCGAAACGUAUAGCAGUAGCAUCUGAACGAAAUUUACGUAGAGCUCUUCUAUAUGCUGAGGUAGCUAGGUGGCAGCAUUCCCCUAUGCUUCCAGACCAGAGUGUGCAGUUACCUGAUUGGCAAAACUUUCUUACUGAGACGGCAUCAGCCAUUUUGGCGGAACAAAGCCCCAAAAAGAUACUAGAAGUUCGCAAUCGUCUUUAUGAAUUGUUAUGUCACUGUAUUCCGCCGAACAUUAUAAUGCAAGGUCUAGUUAACAAUUUACUCAAUUCAUGUGAUGGUAGUUUAAAACUGGAAUUGGUCCAAUUAGGCGCAGAAUAUGAACACCGAUUGAAUUUAGGCCAAAAACCAAUUUUUCAUUUGGAAGCAUUUGUAAUUGCAUUUAUGGCGAUUUACAAACGAUAUAUUGAAGAUACUUUGGGCUCCGGAAUGGAAUGGUGAAACUAACAUAAAGCAAAUAUUCAAUUCUUCAGAUGUAUCAUGUAUAUUUAUAUAGAGUUAUGUUGUGAAAUAAAAGUUUCAUAUCUACACUACUUAUAUACAUUUGAUUGCACAAAUAAGAGCUUUCUGGUUAAAGAAUUACUUAUUUGUUACCCGAAUUGAUCAUCAUCUCCAUCCAUUCGUUUUCAUUUUCAUCAUGAUGGUGAUGAUGAUUGAGGUGAACGGACUGAGAUACUUUUUUUUUGUUCGAUGUAUAUUAUAUUUUUACUGUUAAAAAUGAUUUCCUUGUUUUACUAUCAUGGUUAAAUUUGAUUGGACAUAUUAAGAUUUUGUUUUAUUUGAACAUAUAUAUUUAUAUAUACAUAAACUUAUAUUU